AUGCUCUACACCCCCACCCCAGACACCCUCUACCACCCCCCCCCUCACCACAUCGAUCCCCUGGGGUACUCCCGCCUGGCAAUCAUAACCGGCUGCUCCUCCGGCAUAGGCCUCGCCACAACGCAACUCUUUCUUUCCCACCAGUUCCAGGUCGUGGGGCUGGACAUCGCACCGUUUGACUACGACCUUUUGCGGGUGGAAGACCACGGUAGAUUUCAUUUUCAUCUAGGGGACCUAACCCUCCCAGGACAGAUAGAAGAAGGUGUGAGAAUUGCUCACCAUUUUGGCGGGAGAGUUGAUGUGUUGGUCAAUGUAGCCGGCAUCCUCGACACCUUCUCCUCAGCCGACACCCUCCUCGAUCCAGACUGGGACAACGUCAUCGCCGUCAACCUCACCGUCCCCGUGAAAAUGAUGAGGGCCGUGAUUCCUUACCUCAAACAGAGGCCGGAAGGGGGCGUGAUUGUCAAUGUGGCUAGCACCGCGGGGAGGAGUGGUGCUGUUGCUGGGGUUGCCUACACAGCUUCAAAGCACGGGCUGAUAGGAGCAACAAAAAACGUCGCCUGGCGCUUCCGCAACGAAAACAUCCGCGCCAACGCCGUCCUCCCCGGCUCAGUCGACUCCUCAGUCGGGAACAGGAUAACACAAGAACAAAGGGUUGAUCUGGAGGGGUACAGAGCUGUCGAUGACAGACCAGUCCACGCCCUUCAGGCAAACCCCAUCGCAGCACUACCACCCAUCACCGCCCUCGAGGUCGCCAAGACGAUCCUGUUUCUGGUAAGUGAUCAGGCGAGGACCAUCAACGGGGUUGAGUUGCCUGUUGAUCGGGCAUGGGGCGUUGUGUAG